UAUUCAAAAUUGAUAAAUUUACUGGUCCCAGCUUCAGAGAGCAAUUCAUCAGUUUGCUUAUCAGCACAAGACGGACCUGGGGGGCAGAUGGAGGUGCGCCUGGCAUUGAAAGCAUUCGGCUUCAUUGUUCUGGGUGUGGUGGGAAUCCCAAGCAAUCUGGCAGCCCUGCUACUCUUCUGCCGUUUAUUUCUCACACAGGGCCACAUGCCGCACAACGAGUUCAUCCUCAGCCAGCUGGUCUUUUCCAACUUGAUGGUGACGGUGUGCCGGGGAAUUCCUCAGGCUCUGACCGCCCUGGGAUUUGAAGAGCUCUUCAGCAACGGUGCGUGCAAAAUAAUCAUCUUCAUCUACCGCGUUAGCCGCGCCAUGUCCAUCACCAUCACCUCCCUGCUGAGCUCCUACCAGUGUGUGGUCAUUGCCCCGUCGAAGCCUGGCUGGACCUUGCUGAAACGCUGGCUACCCGGCCACCUCCCCCAUGCAAUCAUCUUCCUCUACGGGCUCAAUAUGAUCAUCUACUCCACCACCCUCCUCUAUACUGAGGCUUUCCCUCCCAACAGGACCAUCUCUGAUUUCACCCUUAACCUUGAGUUCUGCAUUGUGGUGUUCCCAGGCCUCAUGACUUACGUGGCCAGUGGCGCGGUGAAAAGCAUUCGAGACUUCGCUUUUGUUGGCCUGAUGGCGGCAGCAGCAGUGUACGUGAUGGUGGUCCUGUAUCGGCACCGUCAGCAGGUUCAGGGCCUGCAGGGGGCCGGCCGGAAGACAGAGGAGGCUUCCCAGGCCGUCCUGCUGCUCGUGAGUACGUAUGUGGCACUGUUCAGCUUGGACAACGUGCUGUGGAUCUACACGCUAUUUGUCUCCCGUGUGCACCCAGCUGUCUCUGACACACGCGUCUUCUUUGCCUCCUGCUACUCUGCCAUUAGUCCUGUGCUCAUCAUCGCCACCAACAGGAAGCUGGCCACUUACUUUCAGUGUGGCUCCAAACGCAAGGAAGCAGAAAACAUUCCCAAUGCCUCUCGGGCAACAAUAGCACAAUGAGAAUAUUUGAGAAUAUUGAAGAGUGGAACUUGGGGAGGUAGAGAGAGGGAAUGAUUGUCUCCUAUACUUGUGUGUUCUAUGGUAUUUUUGUGGCCCCAUGUUUAUUUCAAUAAAAGGCAUAAUAACACUUGAAUGAAUAAGCAAUAUGUUUUAAUAGAAGGAUGUGGUGAUUUUCUCUUACACUUGGUCAGUUGCAGCUACACAUUGGAAAACAUUUUUGAUAGUUAUGUGAUUCAUGUGUAUUCUCUGUUCUUUUCACGCUUCUACACAUGUAUUUAUGCAACUAAAUAAUUUAUAUGAAAAUGUAUUUUCAAAUUUAAGUGCAUGAAAUAAAUAUAU